AUGACUGUGACGGACUUGUUUUGGGCACAUCCAGUGAGCUUGGAUUUGCUUCGUACAUUCCCUUGUGUGUUGAUUAUGGGUUACACAUAUAUGACGAAUAGAUAUCGGCUUCCUCUUUUUGAAAUUGUGGGAAUGACAUUAACUCAAAUGAUAUUCUCUGUGGCUUUCGCAUACUUGCAAAUUGAGCGGGUUGAUAACUAUGCAUGGGCGUUACAAACAUUGCAUGAUCUUAUGGACAACAGUAUUUUACCUGAAGUCAUUGUCAUAGACAAAGAGCUUGCCUUGAUGAAUGCAAUUGACAACACCUUUCUGAAUGCCCGACAUUUGUUAUGUCGUUGGCAUAUUAAUCAAAAUGUAUUGACGAAAUGCAAGAAAAUGUGUGAGACAAAACAAAAAUGGAAAAAGUUUAACAUUUCAUGGAACUAUUUAGUUUUGUCAUCGACUAAAGAGGAGUACAAUGAUCACCUUGCUAUACUGCAUAAGCAUUUUAGUAACUAUUGUGAGGUAGUCAAGGUUGAUAAUGCUCAUGCUAGAUUGAAGAGGCAACUAGGUUCAAGUCAAACAACAUUUGAGAUAUCAUUUGAAAAAAUACAUUGUCUACUUGAGUUACAGUACUUUCAAGUAAAAGCAUCAUUCGAGAAGAAGAGUAAGAGAGCAAAUUCAGCUGGAAUUGAUGUUGCAGCAUAUGGGUGUGUUCUUAGGCGCAUGCAUGGUUUACCUUGUGCUCACGAGAUUACAGAUUACAUGAGACAAGUUCAUCCUAUUCCACUCGAACUUGAGAUGAUUUUGAAGUGGUUCAAUGAGUCUAAUAUUGCCACACAAUUGGAUAUGUUGAAGAAGUUGAGGGAAAUUGCAAACCCAGCGAGCACUUUCCUUAUUGAGCUUGAUGUGAAGCUUAAUUCACGUCAAGGACAUAAGAAAGUUGAUAUAUCUUGUCGUUAUGACCCGUGUGCAUUUGAGUUGGUUGACAAUGACCAAGAUAGCCAGAGCACAUUAGUUUCCAGUCAAUCAAAGAAAAUAAUAGCUUUGAAAGUGCAUGAGAAGAAGCGGAAUGUGAAGACAAAGACAUAUCAGACUAGAACAAGUUUACCGAGUGCAUAUGCUGGUGACUUCCCGCCUAUGUUAAAACCAUUCAUAAAGUUGAUGAAGGAUGUAGAUGGUGAUGGAAAUUGUGGUUUUAGAGCUAUUACGGGUUUACUUGGUCUUGGAGAGAAUGACUGGGUGCAAGUCAGGCGUGAUCUGCUACAUAAAUUGAAUGGUCACAGAGAUGAAUACGUUGUACUAUACGGGUCACAUGAGAGGGUUAAGGAGCUGACACACAUCCUGCCAUAUUUUGAAGAUAACCCAGUCUUUGAUCGUUGGAUGACUAUGCCUGACAUGGGGCAUCUGAUUGCGUCAUUUUAUAAUGUAGUCUUGUACCACUUGUCAUUGUAA